CUGUUCUUUGCGCGUCGCGCGGAAGCAUCCCUCUCAACGCGACUACGUGCUUCCCUACUCGUGGCACAAGCGGUAGGCAGGGACUAUGGAUCUUCCUGACGAAGAGUCGGAAUGGGAGCAGCUGAACCGUACGAAUUGGCACGGUCUAGGGCUGACAGAUCCCGUUAAAAAUGUCGAGGACAAAUGGCUCCUCCUCCCCGCCUUCCUCAAGGUCAAGGGCCUCGUCAAGCAGCAUAUCGACUCCUUCAAUCACUUCGUCGACGCGGACAUCAAGAACAUCGUCAAGGCCAACAACAAGAUCACGUCCGACGUCGACCCACGCUUCUGGAUCAAGUUCAUGGACAUCGAGGUCGGCUUCCCCGACCGCAACGAGCCCGAGGCGCACGACAAGAAGAGCAUAACCCCGCACGAGUGCCGCCUGCGCGACAUCACCUACAGCGCGCCGAUCACGGUCACCUUCCAGUACACGCGCGGGCGCUCGAUCGUGCAGCGGCGGCAGACGAUUGGGCGCCUGCCGAUCAUGCUGAGGAGCAACAAGUGUGUGCUGACGGGGAGGACUGAGGCGCAGCUCGCGCGCAUGACCGAGUGCCCGCUCGAUCCGGGCGGCUACUUUGUGGUGAAGGGGACCGAGAAGGUCAUUCUCGUGCAGGAGCAGCUCAGCAAGAAUCGCAUCAUCGUCGAGACGGACCCUGUGAAGGGGAUUGUGCAGGCGUCGUGUACAUCGUCAACGCACGGUGGCGUCAAAUCCAAAGCGUACGUCGUGACGAAGAAGGGCCGCAUUUACCUCCGCCACAACUCCAUUCACGAGGACGUGCCUAUCGUCAUCGCGCUCAAGGGUCUUGGUAUCCAGUCCGACAAGGAGAUUAUGCUGCUCACCGCGGGGAACACUGAAGCGUACAAGAUCGCUUUUUCCGCCAACCUUGAAGACGCGGCCAAGAUGGGUGUCUUCACACAGCAGCAAGCCCUCGAAUGGCUCGGCGCGCGCGUCAGGGUCAACCGAAGACCAAUGGGUCCACGACGCCCUGCCUACGAGGAGGCGCUGGAGGCGCUCGCGACGCUUCUGCUCGCCCACGUGCGCAUGGACGGCCUCGACUUCCGCCCGAAGGCCAUCUUUGUUGCGACCAUGACGCGGCGCGUGCUCAUGGCAAUGCACGACGAGAAGAUGGUCGACGACCGCGACUACGUCGGCAACAAGCGCCUCGAGCUCGCCGGGCAGCUCCUCGCGUUGCUCUUCGAGGACCUCUUCAAGACGUACUGCUCGAACCUGAAGGCCGCGAUCGACAAGGUGCUCAAGAAGCCGUCGCGAACGACCGAGUUCGACGCGUACAACACGAUGAUGUUCCAGGGCGACCAUAUCACCGCGGGCUUCGUGCGCGCAAUCUCGACGGGUAACUGGUCGCUCAAGCGAUUCAGGAUGGAGCGUGCGGGCGUGACGCACGUCCUGAGCCGGCUGAGCUUCAUUUCUGCGCUGGGAAUGAUGACUCGAAUCUCUUCGCAGUUCGAGAAGACGAGGAAAGUUAGUGGUCCGCGUGCGCUGCAACCCAGUCAGUGGGGAAUGCUAUGUCCUAGCGAUACGCCAGAAGGCGAGGCCUGCGGCUUGGUGAAGAACUUGGCACUCAUGACGCACAUCACGACGGAUGUCGACGAAGAGCCGAUCAUUAGGCUUGCAUAUCUCCUUGGUGUUGAAGAUAUCGCGCUUGCGUCAGGGAGCGAGAUCUACGGCACACACGCCUUCAUUGUCAGUGUGAACGGCAAUAUCAUUGGCUUGACGAAGUAUCCGGCCCGCUUCGUCACAAACUUCCGGAAAAUGCGGCGGGCUCGUCGAAUAAGCGAGUUUGUGAGCAUCUACAUCAACCACCACCAUCGGACCGUGCAAAUCGCGACGGAUGGUGGCCGCAUCUGUCGCCCCAUGAUCAUCGUUGAGAAGGGGAGGUCCCGCGUCCAUUCAGAACAUAUAGCUCUGCUAAAGAAGGGCGCGGCAACCUUCGACGAUUUCCUACGCAAGGGUCUCGUUGAAUAUCUCGAUGUCAACGAAGAGAAUGACGCCUACAUCGCCCUCUAUGAAGCGGAUAUUGUGCCGACGACCACGCAUCUCGAGAUAGAACCGUUCACCCUCCUUGGCGCUGUCGCCGGCCUCAUCCCGUACCCCCAUCACAACCAAUCACCCCGAAAUACCUAUCAGUGCGCUAUGGGCAAGCAGGCCAUCGGCGCUAUCGGCUUCAACCAGCUGAACCGCAUCGACACUCUGCUGUACCUGUCCGUCUACCCGCAGCAGCCCAUGGUCAAGACCAAGACCAUCGAGCUCAUCGGCUACGACAAGCUGCCGGCCGGGCAGAACGCGACGGUCGCGGUCAUGAGCUACUCUGGGUACGAUAUCGAGGACGCGCUCAUUCUGAAUAAGGCGAGUCUGGAUCGUGGGUACGGUCGCUGUCAGGUCCUACGGAAGAACGCUACGCUGGUUCGCAAGUACCCGAACGGCACGUACGACCGUCUCGCGGAUGCACCCGUGGAUGAGAACGGGAACAUUGCGAAGAAGUACGAUAUCAUUCAGGCGGACGGACUUGCUGGAGUUGGGGAGCGAGUGGACCCUGGCGAUGUCUAUGUGAACAAGCAGUCGCCUACAAAUGCGACGGACAACACCUUCAAUGGACAGGCCGCGGCGGUACCGUACAAGAAUACGCCGCUCACCUACAAAUCCCCUGUCGCUGGCAACAUCGACAAGGUCCUCAUUUCGGACACGGAGAACGACCAGCUGCUUGUCAAAGUACUCAUCCGCCAGACGCGACGUCCAGAACUUGGCGACAAGUUCUCCUCUCGCCACGGACAGAAAGGUGUUUGCGGCCUCAUCGUCAAUCAGGAGGAUAUGCCUUUCAAUGAUCAGGGCAUCAAUCCUGAUACCAUCAUGAACCCUCACGGCUUCCCGUCCCGAAUGACGGUCGGGAAGAUGAUUGAGUUGCUUGCUGGCAAGGCCGGAGUCCUCACUGGCAAAUUGCAGUAUGGGACGGCGUUCGGGGGCUCGAAGGUCGAAGACAUGAGUCGCAUCCUCAUUGAGAACGGGUUCAGUUACGCUGGGAAGGACAUGCUGACGAGCGGGAUAACCGGGGAGCCGAUGGAGGCUUACGUGUAUUUCGGGCCUAUCUACUAUCAGAAACUGAAACACAUGGUCAUGGACAAGAUGCACGCCCGCGCAAGGGGCCCGCGGGCGACGCUCACGCGGCAACCGACGGAAGGGCGCUCCCGCGAAGGCGGUUUGCGGCUCGGAGAGAUGGAGCGCGACUGCCUGAUCGGCUAUGGCGCAACACAGCUGCUGCUAGAACGGCUGAUGAUAUCGUCGGACAAGUUCGAGGUCGACGCGUGUCAGGAGUGUGGGCUCAUGGGGUACAAUGGAUGGUGCACGUACUGCAAGAGCUCGAAGAAGAUGGCGCAGUUGACGAUCCCGUAUGCCGCGAAGCUGCUGUUCCAAGAGCUUAUGGCGAUGAAUGUCGUACCGCGGCUAGUACUUGACGACGCAUGAUGCAGGGUACUGACUAUUUAUGUACUACUAUCCCAGUUAUCUUCCAGCACUUGCCACACAUGUAUCACACUUGCAUCUACUCGCAUUCUGUAGCUUAUUACUCACAUUUUAACGGUUCCCUACGUGACGUCGUAUCUGCCAGAACUCAGGGACAGG